AUGUUCAAGCUGGGCUGCCGGAGGGCACCGCAACUGUUUGGUGCAGAGUGCCCCAGCUCUGCCUUGACGAAGGUGAGGAAACUGAACGGGUUUAGCCCUCCGAUGCGCUGCAGCAUCACUGUCACGUUGUUUUGUGUGUCCGUCAGAUGUAUCGUCCCCGACUGUCCCCCCUCAUUCUCCAAACAGCACACCCCCUCGGCCACACUUUGCCACUCACCCGCCACUGUCGCCCACCGACGAGCCGCCAUUUCCCCGCAGCUGCCUUCUUCACCACCGUCCGGGGCAGUGCUGAGCAGCGGACGACUGGACAACACAACUCCGGCAGCAAGGCGGCCGAUGAUGAGAUUCUGUUCACUCCCCUCGACCCGGGUACUGAGCCGUUGGACCAUGAGCCGUCGCUGCCCGACGUGACUGAAGCGGAUCUUGAAGGCAUUUCCAAGGGCAUCUAUGGCGUCGAGUACCUGUCGGAGGCGCCGUCCAGCCAGCAGCUCAGCUACCCACCAGAGGGCAUCGUCUCUGGCUCUUGCCGGCGAAUGUUCAUCAACCUCGUGUGUGUUCGACGGCCUUUUGAGGGGGAGGCCUCACCCCCGCCCCCCAUCAACGUGGU